AGCUUAAAUUCAGUUCAAAAUGCGAUAUCUAGAUGGUAUCAGAUUAUUAUGCAUAGCGAUUUUUAUUUCCGAAACUGCUGGCGAAAAUGCCGACUUUGAACGAUUUGCUUCUGAAGUUCUGAGUUUUAUCAAUGAGACUACUACAUACGUUCCACGCAGUAAUAAUGAUGAAUUCUUUGGAAAUGGAUCUAACUCUGAUAGCGCGUUAGAUCAUGGCACGUAUGAUUUUAUAAUAGUGGGUUCCGGUUCAGCUGGUGGAGUUUUAGUCAAUCGACUAACUGAAGUUGAAAACUUCACAGUCUUAUUAGUGGAAGCUGGAUCGGAAGAUCCGUUUGCGUCUAAGGUACUUGGACUAUAUACUUAUCUGAUGCAAUCCAGCUAUGAUUGGGGAUAUUACACAAGCGCACAAAAAUUUGCCUUUUUAGCUAAUACCGAUAGAAAAAGCAAAUAUUACAGGGGAAAAGCGCUGGGGGGCAGUAGCACUAUAAAUGGAGGCGGAAACACUCGCGGUAGCACUACAGAUUACGACAAAUGGGCGGAACUGGGAAACGAUGGAUGGUCGUUCGAAGAAUGUCUGCCUUAUUUUAAGAAAAUGGAAAAAGCAGAUUUUUCUGUUGAUAUUGACGACGAGUUUCACGGAUUUGAUGGACCCGUUCAUGUAAAUGUACCAGAAGAUACUCCAGUUUUGACUGAAGAAUUGCUAAACGCCUUUAUAGAGUUAGGAAAAACUGAAGGCGAUUAUAAUGGGGAAGAUCAGUUUGUUGUAAGCAGACUUCAAUCAUUGCUCGAUUAUAAUACGCGUUCAGGCACCGCUCACUCCUAUCUACGGCCGAUAUUAAACCGAACAAAUCUGGUGGUCAGUUUGGAAUCGCUGGCCACAAAAAUUAUCAUUUCCGGCAACGCAGCCACUGGCAUUGAGUUUUGGAAAAAUGGAACCAAAUAUACCGCGUCUGCUACAAAAGAAGUGAUUCUGUCUGCUGGAGUAAUAAAUUCUCCUCAGCUUUUGAUGCUUUCUGGUAUUGGUCCAAAAGAGGAACUGGACAAACAUGGCAUUGAGACCAUCGUUGACUUACCAGUAGGGCAAUACUUUAGUGAUCAGACUGCAUUCCAAGGAAUGUUUUAUAGAACAAACUCCACAUUUUACAACGAUACCUUGCUGGACUAUUUGGACUUAUGGUACCACAAUAAGCGUCCACUCAUCCCCGGAAGUGCAACGCAAGUAAUAGCGUUCUACAAUGUUAAUGGAAAUACUAGUGAAGGUUCCGAUAUUGAAAUUUUGAUUACAGGCCCUCCAGUUAACGGCCCCACUUACGGAGAAAUGAUCUAUAAAAAUAAUACAGUGAGAGUUGAAAUCUUAAUUACGAAUGAUUCCAGGUCCAACUAUACGUUUUAUAACAAUACCAUGUUAGAAAAUUUGGAAUUAUGGGAUAACAAAAAACGGCCACUUACGAUCACUGAAUCAGCUCAAACAAUAACAUUCUACAAUGUUAACGGAAACACAAGUGAGGCGGCGGAUAUCGAAGUAUUGCUUCUUGGUCCUCCAAAUAAUGGCCCCACCCACGGAAAAAUGUACACAAAUGCAUCAUAUACGGCUGUAUUCGACGUUUUGAAUACAUAUACGGACUUUAGUCUGUCUUUAGGAUUAAUGCAACCGAAAUCUGUUGGAGAAAUUACUUUAGCAUCAGCAGAUCCCCGAGAUUUCCCUUCGAUUAACCCGAAGUAUUUUUCUGAUUCCGACGACUUAGAAACAUUGUACAAAGCAGUGGAAAUUGUUAGAAAUAUAGAAAACACGACAGCAUUUCAACGUUUGGGACUCGAACCGAUCAUUUUAGAUCUUCCAGACUGUGAUGCAGAUUAUGAGAAACGUUCAAAAGACUGGUGGAUCUGCAGCUUUCAAUACCUUUCAAUUCUCGGUUAUCAUCCGGUAGGAGCUACUAGAAUGGGAAAUGAUACGCAAAACUCCGUGGUAAGUUCAAAACUCAAAGUUCAUGGAAUCGACAAUCUUCGAGUGGUUGACGCUGGAGUGAUUCCCCUACCAAUAUCAGGUCACACCAGCACACCCACAAUUAUGAUUGGGGAAAAAGCUGCCGAUUUGAUUAAAAAUGAAUAUUCUUGUGAGAAGGCCCUGAUCUGGAAGGAUGAUUUGUUUUCUCGCACGGUUACAGUUUGGAACCCAAGAUAG